AUGAAUAAAGUUACACCUCGUUGGAUACCCCAUCAACUGAAUGAUGAACAAAAGCAAGAACGGGUUCAACUUUGUCGUGAAAAUUUAGCAAAAUUUCGUGAUGGUUCCUGGCGAUUAUGUGAUAUUAUUACAGGUGAUGAGACGUGGAUUUACCAUAGGCAGAUUCAUCACAAGUCAACAAACAAAACCUGGAUUGGCGAAGGUGAAUCACCGCGUACUAUCGUUCGUCGACGCAAAUUUGAACGAAGAAAUUAA